GCGAAAUGAGGUUUGCUACCAAAGAUAAAUCACCUCGACGGUAAUCAAACACCACGCAGACCUAUAGCGCAGCGGACAUGGCGUACGUCGUUACCCGGCGCACAAUAGCAUCAGUUAUUUCUCGAACACUCUCUUCUCGCUCUAUCUCUCGCUUCUCUUUGCCUCUUCUCGACAAGAAUCCGCUACUACAUCCUCAGUUCAUCCCGGACUCCGCUCGCAUCCCGGUCCGUUUCAAAACAUCUGGGUCGGGCUACUCGCCUCUUAACGACCCUUCUCCCAACUGGAGCAACCGUCCACCGAAAGAGACAAUCUUGCUCGAUGGGUGCGACUACGAGCACUGGCUCAUUGUUAUGGAGUUUCCUAAUGAUCCCAAGCCUACUGAAGACGAGAUGAUCAACGCUUAUGUCAAAACGCUUGCUGCUGUUGUUGGCAGCGAGGAGGAAGCGAAGAAGAAGAUAUACUCGGUUUGUACAACGACGUAUACUGGGUUUGGGGCUUUGAUCUCUGAAGAGCUCUCUUACAAAGCUAAAGGGCUACCAGGCGUUCUUUGGGUUUUGCCAGAUUCAUACCUUGAUGUCCCUAACAAAGAUUAUGGAGGUGAUUUAUUUAUCGAUGGGAAAGUUAUCCAUAGGCCACAGUAUAGAUUCAGUGAGAGGCAGCAAAACAAUCGAAACAGGCCUCGCCCCCGGUAUGAUAGGCGCCGAGAAACAAUGCAGGUCGAGAGAGGAGAACCAAUGCAAAGACAGAACUGGUCUAAAAAUCAGACUCCACCCAUGCAGCAACCAUUAUCAGUGAAUACACAGAACCUUGCUCAAGAUGGAGGGUCAGAUUUCUCAGUAAACAAAGGAUAGUUUGUCCAGAAACAUACGUCAAAUUCACAAUGUAGUUGUAGGAUAUCAGAUAAAUGUUUGUUGUUGCAGUUCUUGUUUGGUGGAUAAUAACUGGGUUUCCUUCGAUUCUAUGUUUCACAGAAAGUUUAUGCAUAUUUUGGCUCAUGAACCUAUGUGAAUGUUUGGUGCACCUAAAUUAUGGAAGUAUCAAAAUAUAAAAGGACAAAUGUUGUCACUGAA